UCGAACGAGGCGGAUCAGCACUAUGUCGGCUCGGCGCUUUCUCGAACUUCUUUGGUUUGGAGCCAUGUCGCUAGCAAUCACUGAAGUUGCUGCGCUUGCUUUGAUAAGUGACGAGCAUAAGCUUUACAACGACCUGAUGAAGGACUACCAGAAAUGGGUGAGACCAGUCCAGAAUGCAAGCGCCUCUGUUGAGGUGAAUUUCGGAAUAACUCUUCAGCAAAUUUUGGAAGUGAACGAAGCCAGAGGAUACGUGAGCUGGAAUAUUUGGUUACACAUGGGGUGGAAAGAUGUUUCUUUACGAUGGAAUGCCAGUGAAUAUUCAGGAAUAGACAAACUAAGAAUCCCCAUUGACCAGCUCUGGAAACCUGAUCUUGCCGCCUAUAAUAGCAUUGGUGAUAAAUACCACUCGUCAUUCACGAGCAUGGGUUUAGUAAACUAUGCUGGUGACGUAAUUUGGAUCCCACCAGUCAUCCUCAACACGGCAUGCAUAUUCGACUACACGUAUUACCCAUAUGAUUCCCAGAUAUGCGAUAUCAAAAUUGGUAGCUGGCAUCAUGAUGGAGGAAAGAUGAACUUAACGCGUGGGCAUGACCGGGUCGAUAUCUCAACAUAUUUGAAAAACAAUGGCUGGGAGUUGGUUGGAAGUAUUCCUUUGAAAAGAAACGUAAUCAAAUACGACUGCUGUCCGGAAUCCUACAUCGACUUGACAGCAACAUUUACUAUCAAGAGGAGGAAGACAUAUGUGACCAGUGUGCUGGUUGUCCCCGGGGUCAUCCUAGCAUUCCUCAUCCCGUUCAUCUUCAUGUUUCCCCCUGACGCGGGAGAGAAGAUAAAUUUGGGGGUUGGUCUUAUUCUCGGCUACAUCCUGCUGCUGUUGAUUGGGGAUGGUAUAAACGAUGGCAAGCUGAUGUCCAGUACACCUAUGUUAUUUCGCUAUUACACUGCUAACAUCGUCCUUGUCGGCCUCUCAAUGAUCUUAUCGAUGUGUAUCGUCCAGCUGUGGCGGGAGAGAGGCCGGGCAAGUGGACCUCCUAAUCUCGCCUCAACCAUUCUGAUUGACGGACUAGGCUGCGUUCUGUGCGUCAACAGGAACAACUAUAUUCGCCGACCAAGAGCCGUGAGCGUGGAUGCUGAGGGGAGCAUGGACACUGACAAGAUAGGCAAGGAUGGACCUGAUACCAGCCUGGAGUGGAAGCUGCUCGCCAUGGUCCUCGACAGAAUUCUCUUCAUCUUGUUCCUGGUCAUUAGCCUUGUCAUGGCUGCAAUAAUGGUUUAGAUGCACAAGGUCUACGUUUUUGGAUUGUGCAAAUCCAUUCAUUAGAGUAUAGACAAACAAAUUAGAGUGCCAGCUAUAUCUUACGCAGUUUUAGCUGCGCUAGAGUUAAGGUUUGUACCCAUUUAGAAAUUGGGCGAUCGGAAUUGUCGAUUUUGUGCGACAAGAUAUGUUUGCCUGGUCUCUUGAUUGUACUUGAAGCACUGAAUCGCGCAGUGUAUUUCGCCCAGUUUAGCCGGUUGGAAGCUAUACCUUAUAUAAUUACUACCAAGUUACCAUUAAGUUGACUUAUAAGAAGGCAUUGUGUAAAUGCGAUGCUUGAUAUUAUGCGGUAUUUUUUGUGGUUCCUGGAUAAAAUGUUCUUGUCGGAAUCAGUAAUGAGGAACCUGCAGAAUAGAAGAAAAUAUCGCCGUUUA